AAGGAAAGGAUUUUGGUUCAAAUUUGCAUUAUUUGGAAAUGGACCACCACCACCACCAAUACAAAGCAUCUUUUCUUCAAAACAUCCGCUUCCGAAGUGUAACGCUCAACUCGCCGCUCCUCUUCUUCUCCACUCCCUCUCUUCCCUCUACCUUCUCCACUCACUCUCAGGACUCGAGGCUAACCAAUAUACUUUUGACGUUAAAAUGGCUGCGUCAUCAUCCUUUAUGUCACACUCUUUGCAAGCGCAUGCUUCCACUGAAACAGCAAUAAAAUGCUGUAAGGGGUAUAUGUAUGGUAACUUAUGUUCAUCGUAUUCUCGGAUUGGAUACUCCAGAUCCAAGUUCCUAACAAGUCCUAAGUUUUUGCAUAACGAGAAUUCAACAAAAUGGGAACAUGUUGAGAAAUGUCCAACGAGGAAUGAAAUCCAGUGCCGAGCUGUGGAAAUUGAGAAUUCAGUUUCUCCUUUUAUUAGCAAAAAGUUUGAGCUUGAUGAUGUGAUUGAAGCUCAACAAUUUGAUAGAGAGAUUCUCAACCAUAUUUUUGAAGUUGCACUUGAUAUGGAAAAGAUUGAAAAAAGUUCAUCUAAAAGCCAAAUGCUCAAGGGAUAUUUGAUGGCUACCCUGUUCUAUGAGCCCUCAACUAGGACGAGGCUUUCAUUUGAAUCUGCAAUGAAAAGGUUAGGUGGGGAGGUAUUGACAACUGAAAAUGCACGGGAGUUUUCUUCAGCAGCCAAAGGAGAAACCCUUGAAGAUACGAUCAGAACUGUUGAGGGAUAUUCAGAUAUAAUUGUGAUGCGUCAUUUUGAAAGUGGUGCUGCGAAGAAAGCUGCUGCAACAGCUAGCAUUCCUAUUAUUAAUGCUGGUGAUGGUCCUGGACAACAUCCAACUCAGGCUCUUCUAGAUGUAUAUACUAUUCAGAGAGAGAUAGGAAAACUUGAUGGAAUUAAAGUUGGGCUCGUAGGAGAUCUUGCUAAUGGGAGAACUGUACGGUCGCUUGCAUAUUUGCUCGCCAAGUAUAAAGAUGUGAAAAUAUACUUUGUCUCUCCAGAUGUUGUAAAAAUGAAGGAUGAUAUAAAAGACUAUUUGACAUCACAAGAUGUGAAAUGGGAAGAAUGUGACAACUUGACGGAAGUUGCAUCAGAGUGUGAUGUGGUAUAUCAAACUCGCAUUCAGCGGGAACGAUUUGGAGAGAGGAUUGAUCUUUAUGAACAAGCUAGAGGCAAGUACAUUGUGGAUAAAAAUGUGUUAAACGUGAUGCAGAGACAUGCUGUGGUCAUGCACCCCCUCCCUAGGCUUGAUGAGAUCACCAUUGAUGUAGAUGAGGAUCCUAGGGCUGCCUACUUCCGACAAGCAAAGAAUGGUCUCUAUAUACGUAUGGCCCUUGUGAAACUCUUGCUACUUGGUUGGUGAAGAAUGCCACCUUUCUAAAUUUUGACAUCUUAAGCAUGCUUUAAUUUUAUAGAAUGAUUCUGUUUAAACAAAUUACUAUGGCUAGACGGUGGGUAGUACCAUGGGUUAUAAGUUUGCUACCAGGUGAAUGGCUUCAUUCUGUUUCCUAGGGAGAAAUGCAAGUGCAAUUUGCUUCGUUGAAAUAUCGAAGGGGUUUGUUUGAUAACGUUUUCGUUUCUUGUUUUAUGUUCUCGGUUCUCGCUUUUUGAAAAACAUAACUGUUUGAUAACCCAUCCUUUUUCUUGGUUUCCAAAACUUAAGUAAGGUUUUUAAAAUUGGGGUUGAAUUUUAGAAACCACAAAAAAAUAGUUUCUUCCUAUUCCGUUUUUGUUUUAAUUUUAUAUUUAAAUUUGAAACAAAAUUUUAGAAACAAGAAUGAUUAUUAAAUAUAUUAUUGUUUCUAGUUCUUUAGAAAAGGAAACAGAAAACAAAAAAUAAGAAAUAAGAAGUCGAAAACGGAAAAAAGAAAACGAAAACGUUAUCAAAUGGGUCGAAGUUACCCCUUUCUCUAUUGGUUGUUGGGGUCUCUGAUAUGUCAUUCCUUUGUAGAAAGUCUGACUAAUAACUGUAUAAUUCUAAGUCUAUUCUUUUGGGGUCAAAAUAAUGAACGAUAUGCAUUUAUAAUUAAUAUCUAGGAAAAAGAAUUAUUGAA